AACAGAUGAGCAGAAGUUCACUCCACUCAAAAUUGUGAACCUUUGUAAGUUGCAGAAUAAGUUUAUUUAUUAUCUUAUCUACGUAGCCAGAUCUGUUUCCCAUGGAGAACAUCCGCUUCAUCUCCACAACUUAUGUUCAACCCAAAAGUCAAAUUGGUCAGUAUACUAAAAUUGACUUAACUCCAUGUGAUGUUCAAUUACUGCUAGUAGAUACGAUCCAAAAAGGUCUUCUCUUCCACAAACCCGAACCCGAUCACGAAGAAGACCUCAACGACAAGCAGAGGUUGAGGCUGAUUGAGCACCUGAAAGCCUCCUUCUCACGCACAUUGGACAUCUUCUACCCACUUGCUGGACGUCUGGCCGUCACCGAAAAUGACGACGACAACACGGUCUCGUUCUCCGUGGACUGCAAUGGAGCUGGAGCCCAAUUUGUCCAUGCAGCCGCGGAUGGUGUCACCGUGGCCAAUAUCCUCGACCCUGUUUAUGUUCCGGAUAACAUCGUCUACUCUUUCUUUUUGAUGAAUGGUGCAGUAAACUACGAAGGUAAGUCCAAACCCUUGCUCGCAGUGCAAGUAACUGAGCUCGUUGAUGGCAUUUUCAUUGGUUUGACUAUGAACCACUCUGCUGGUGAUGGUACAUGCUUCUGGAAUUUCUUCAACACUUGGUCCGAAAUCUCUCAAUCAGGAACUUCCAGAGUGGCUAAGCCCAUUUUCGGCCGUGAAUUUCUUGAUGGAAUCAUCCAUCUCCCUAUUCGAGUUCCCUUCUUCCAAUAUCAAAACCCGGAAGAGAAAGUUGUGGCACCAACGGAACCGCUUCAGCAGAGAGUUUUCCAUUUCCGAAAGGAAAAUAUUGCGGAGCUUAAAUCCAAAGCCAAUGCGCAAAUGGGCACUAGCAGGAUCUCUUCCCUUCAAGCACUCAUGGGCCAUCUUUGGGUAUCCAUAACCCGAACCCGACGUCUCAUUUCCAGUAGUACUGAUGUUGAAGAAAGUCCAGAAAUAACUAUGUAUCGGUUGUUAGUAGGCAUGAGGCAGAGACUACACCCUCCAUUGUCGGAUCAAUACCUUGGAAAUGCGGUUCUAUUUGGCACCGCAACAUCCAAUGUAGGCGAACUGCUUCAGGGUGGACUAGGCUGCGCCGCUAUGGAACUGAACAAGAUGGUAGCUUUACAGACGGAACAAGAAGUGAAGAAGUUCUUGGAGGGCUUUGUUGAGAAUCCUAGACUGCUAAAAAGAAGUGCGGUGAUGAGUAAUUCGUUGAUUACGGGAAGCUCGCCGUGGUUUGAUGUGUACGGGAAUGACUUUGGUUGGGGGAGGCCCGUGGUGGUUCGAAGCGGCUCCGGUAACAAAUUUGAUGGGAAGUUAACUGUGUUUGCUGGGGCUGAAGAAGGAAGUAUUGAUUUUGAGGUGUGCCUUUCGACUCAGGCUCUACAAGCUUUGGCGGAGGAUGCAGAGUUCAUGGAGAGUGUGGCUGUGUGAAUUAUUAUUAGAUGCUGAAGGACAUUAGGCUUCUUGCUCAGAAAGUCUCUAUCAUUGCUUUCCGGCAUGUUAAGAGAGAAGCAAAUUUUCUUGCCGAUGCUAUUGUUAAAAUUGGGCGCCUUCGCCAAGCUCAAAGUUGGAAUCGAUCCCUUCCUCUCUCGGCUUCUUCGGCCUUUAUGCUGGAUAGUUUAGGUGUUGGUUGUGAUCGUGGUUUUCGUUUGUAAUUUUAGUUCUCUUGUCGAAUAAAACUGUUCGCAUGAAAGCUGAUAAUAGCAUUGUAAUAUUUAGGCCUGGGAUCGGUUUGGCUCGGCUCGGUAACAUGCCUAUACCGAUACCGAUACCGAGUUUAUAGUCGGCUCGGUUCGGUUCGGGACGCCGGAAACUCAGCUGCCAUACCGAUUAGGCCCGAAUCCGAUCGGUUCGGUACCAAUCGGUACCAAUCGGUACCACCUGCUUUCAAAGCAAAAUUUCCAGAAACCUGAAAAAUAAAGCAUUGAAAGUUGAAACGCAUGGUUGCUAACAUCAGAACAUGCCGACCUGAUCUUGCAUUAAGAAUUGUAUUCAAGUUGGCUGCUCCAACACAUAUUAUAAAUAAUUAAAGACAUGGUCUUCUGUACCAGUCUCCCAACACGCAAUUGAUACCAACCCCAACUCUUAUCACAAAUUCCCACAAUUGAUGCAAUUGA